UUAUUAUAAUCCGUUCGAGGAGCUGUGAGCCUGUGACUGAGUCCAAUAUUCCAAUGGCGAGUCUGGCGUUUAUAAAUCAAGCAGUCGUCUCUGUUUCCAACCAAAACCCUCUACCCAACCUCCCUGUCUCUCUGAUUUCCUCCCCGUUUGCAAGGGUCUACUCCAAACCAAGCAAAAGAAGGCCUUCUUCUUUUGGGAUAAGAGCAGAAGUAAUGGCGACUGAGAAAAUGGGAAUAAAGAUCGAACAGAAUCCUCCCGAGUCAAAGCUCACCCAGCUCGGAGUCGGACAAUGGCCCAAGUGGGGAUGCCCUCCAAGUAAAUUUCCAUGGACAUAUGAUGCCAAAGAGACAUGUUAUCUUUUGAAGGGUAAGGUGAAGGUAUACCCUGAUGGGCACCAGGAUUUUGUGGAGUUUGGGGCUGGUGAUUUGGUUCAGUUUCCAAAAGGAAUGAAGUGCACAUGGGAUGUAUCAGAAGCUGUGGACAAGCACUACAACUUCGAAUAUUAAUGAGCUGCCCAGAUGUGUUUAGCUUUCUAAUACUUGUAAUUAGGACCUGCUAUCUGCAGCUAGAACUCAUGAUAUGGAAGACCAGUUUGUAAUGUCAAGUGUGUCAGUUACUACUACAUGACCUUAUGAAAAUUUGGGUUUGCAGACUUUUCUUUGAGCAA